AUGCCUGAGGUGUUCGUCAAGUCUUUCACGCACCUAAAGGAUCGUCCAAAGGCCGACCAGGCACUUCCGCUGCUUCAGCGAGUGGCAUCACUUGUCAAGCCUAUAAUGCGUAAACACGGCUGGACAUUGCCGGUCCUCGCUGAGUUCUUCCCUGAAAGCCCGAACCUUGUGGGUCUCAAUAUAAACGGAGGCCAGAAGAUCCUACUGCGGCUUCGCCCUGCGCAUGCUCCAGACACAUUCUUCGAAGAAGAUGACAUCGUCCAUGUUAUGUUACAUGAACUCACCCACAAUGUGCAUGGUCCUCACAAUGACGAAUUCUACAAAUAUCUGGCGGGACUUGAGGACGAAUAUGAUGCCUUGAAGCGCUCCGGAUAUUCUGGGGAAGGCUUCUUCUCCAAGGGACAGAGGCUUGGCACCAACGUUUCUCACAACUUGCCGGCUCACCUGGCUCGACAACGAGCUCUCGAAGCUGCGGAGAAGCGAAGGCGUCUCAACUUCCUGAUGAGCGGCGGCGGUCGUCUGGGAGGAAUUAGGAGCGGCAAAUCACCACGCCAAUUAGCUGCAGAGGCUGCCGAGAGGAGAACGCGUGACGACAAGGCCUGCGCAUCAGGGGCCACCGCUGCAAGGGAGGCAGAGAAGGCGGCGAAGGAGAGCGUCGAAGACAAAGUUAUUGAUCUCACCCUGGAUUCAGACUCAGAGCCAGAGGUCGUUAUCAGCGAUUCGGAACCGUCUGCGGCAGGUACUCCCAUUAUCACUGUGCGCCAGACGGACGACCACAGCGGACACUCGAGUUCCACCGGAACUCCGAAGCGGCGACCUGUCCGCUCAAUGCGUUCUGGCAAGCCUUCCAGCAGCAGGACACCACCACCGUCGCCUUCCGCGUCGAUCUCACGCCACGGCCCAGCGAUCUCACGUCCUGCAAUACCCCCAUCCUCCGACGGUGAAUGGGCUUGUCCACGUUGUACCCUCGUGAAUGAUGCAUUGAACCUUCAAUGUGCCGCAUGCCUCUUGGUCCGUCCGCCUGUGGAGGACCGUGCUACUCCGGAAGGUUGGACUUGCCUUGCGUGCGGAGAGGCGGACAACCCGCACCAGUUCUGGAGUUGUCGCUUCUGUGGCAGCAUCAAGCCUCAGAGCGUUCUAGGAUAG